CAGUCCAAUCGCAUCCCUAAAGAAUUUGAGUUUUGAUUGAGGCUGGUGAGCUUGACAUGUAUAGAGACCACCGUAAUGCCCGUGCGCGGAGGCCCCUCCAUCGGCCAGCUGGCGUCAGAGCCGGUCUGCGUAGCCCGCCAGGGCCCGCCCCCGCCCCCGCUCCCGUCCCCGCCCCGCUGCUCCUCCUCUACCCCCUGCCAGCACCUCCCGCCGAGAUCUUGGCGGGAAGACGCCCGCUGCUAAGCCGCGAAAAGAUGGGGUCGCGCUCAGCCAGCGAAGAAAAGGCGGGCUCCAGACAGCGACUCCAGGUGAAGGUGAAUGAAUAUAAAGAAAACCAAAACAUCACUUGUGUAUCUCUGAGACCAGUACAGACUACAGUUUUAGGAAAAACACCUAAGGUGUAUCUUGUCCCGUUUUCACUCAGUAAUUAUAAGUCAGACCAAUUUAAGCACCCCAAAUCCCUAUUGAAUAAGAAUUCUAACAAUGAAUUUGUAUGUAAGAAAUGUAAGAAGACUGAAAUAAGGAAAACUUGCAGGAGGCUUUUAACUCCAAAGAUGGAAGCCACAUCCUCCAAGACAGAAUCCACCUUGCAAAAAUCAUCCUUAGAUGUUUGUACUGAAAGUAACAAGCGACAACACAAGAGCACUUCAGAUACAGUGAUUCCCAGUGUUGAUAUGGAAAGCAUUCAGAAUCUAGACAGUGAUGAAGAUACCACAGUAGGCCUGGAUGAAUUUUCAGGAUUGUCACCGUAUGAAAGGAAGAGACUGAAGAACAUAUCAGAAAAUGCAAACUUUUUUGCUUCUCUUCAGUUGUCUGCGUCAGCUGCAAGGCUCCGUGAAAUGAUAAAAAAGAGACAGCCUCCUGAAUCCAAAAGAAAAAUGCCUAAGAAGAGAGAAAAUGGGACUGGAUGUAGAAGGUCAAUGAGAUUACUAAAAGUAGAUCCUUCAGGAGUGUCAUUACCAGCAACCCCAACCCAGCCGACAUUAAUAGCAGAUGAAAAUCCUUUGUUACCUCCUGGGCCUUUAGAAAUGACUCCUGAAAAUGGAGAUGAUGACAACGACCUGUUUAAAGGAUUCCUACAGACUUGGGCAGAAGUGAGCAAGACAAGUAUUAAGAAUACUGAGAAGGAGUUAUCUAGCAUUAAAAACUAUAAAGCCAAUUUAAAUGGCAUGGUCAUUAAUGAAGAUACUGUUCAUAAAGUUACCAAAGGCCCAAUACUCUCUGUGGCUCUCCACCCAUCAGAAAUUAGAACUUUGGUGGCAGCUGGGGCCAAAUCUGGGCAAGUUGGACUUUGGGAUUUGCAACUGCAUAUCAGCUUAUUAAAACAGACUCACCAAUCUGAAGAAGAUGGAAUUUAUGUUUUUCAACCCCACAGUCAGCCAGUUAGCUGUCUUUACUUCUCACCUGCCAAUCCGGCUCACAUACUCUCACUGAGCUAUGAUGGCACAUUACGCUGUGGGGAUUUUUCAAGGGCUAUUUUUGAAGAGGUAUGUAGAGAUGAAAGAAGUAGCUUUUCAUCCUUUGACUUCUUGGGAGAAGAUGCUUCCACUUUAAUAGUAGGACACUGGAAUGGAAAUAUAUCGCUGGUGGAUAGACGGACACCUGGAACUUCUUAUGAGAAGCUUAUCAAUUCUUCUCUGAGAAAAAUAAGAACUGUUCAUGUCCACCCAGUGCAUAGACAGUAUUUUAUCACUGCAGGAUUGAGGGAUACUCAUAUUUAUGAUGCAAGGCACCUGAAUCCCAGGGGAAGCCAGCCUUUGAUUUCUUUGACUGAACACACAAAGAGCAUCGCUUCUGCAUAUUUUUCACCUCUUACUGGUAACAGAGUAGUGACCACAUGUGCUGAUUGUAAGCUGAGAAUCUUUGACAGCAGCUGUAUAUCCUCUCAGAUUCCUCUGCUCACUACCAUCAGGCACAACACCAUCACUGGGCGGUGGCUGACCAGGUUCCAGGCUGUGUGGGACCCUAAACAAGAAGACUGUGUCAUAGUUGGCAGCAUGGCUCAUCCACGACGGGUGGAAAUCUUCCAUGAGACAGGAAAGCAGGUGCAUUCUUUUUUUGGUGGAGAAUGCCUUGUCUCUGUGUGUUCCAUCAAUGCUAUGCACCCAACUCGGUAUAUUUUGGCUGGAGGCAAUUCCAGUGGGAAGAUACAUGUUUUUAUGAAUUAAGAAAGUUGCUGAGUGUUUGGUUGAGCAACACCAAUUUGUUCAAAUCAGUGUCUAAGUAGCCUAGUAAUUCAUGUGCCUUGGUCUGUUUACUUGUUCAUAUGUUCUUCUUAGCAAAUAUAAAAUUGCUUUAUUAGUAAGAACUGUGAGCAGAAUGUACUUUUAGUAAGGGAGAAGGCUUUUAAGUUGUUUCUGUAGGUUGGGGAGGGAAUUUGAGGGGAGGCUAUGAUUGCUUCAGCACUUUAAUCAGGCAGUAUAUUGAGAAAUUCUAGCAUUAUAAAUUACAAAGCUUUGGUUAUUAUUAAAAGUUUUUGUGGUUUAAUGAUACGGGUUUUGAUAGUGACAUUUGGAUUUGUGGUUUAUUUUAUAGUUUGGAGUGAAUAUUUAUUUCUAGACUCAUAUACUGGAAGAGAUCCUAACUUAGUGAUUUUCAAACUUUUGAUUUUUUUAAAUAGAGAGCUCUUUUUUCCCCCCGCCUUUAAAUUCAUUGUUAUGUGAAAUCCCAAGAUAAUUUUUGAGAAGCCUUAGUUGACUUGGGCAGGGCCUGGGUCUGUGUGUGCUGACCCUUUGAUCUCCUCUAGAUGGCUCUUGAGACAUGGCUGAGGAAUUCUAGGUCUUCUAGGAACAAGGUUUGGAUCUGCCUGACCCUUGUAAGUCAGGGUAAGAUUGCCUUCAGACCAGUGUUUUCCACACUGUGGUUUAUAGCUAUUCACAUGAAAUCAGUUUAGCCAUGACCAGAGUUUAAAAAAAGGAAAAGGAAAGAAAUAGUAAAGAAUAGGAAACAUAGAGUAAGGGUUGUUUUGUGAAACUUAGUUAUAUAUGCGUGCAUAUUUGUACGUAUAUAUGCACAUGUAUAUUCUGAUGUAAAAUAUAUGUCUUUAUUAUUGUGGUACUGCUGUAGGUCAUGGUUUAAGAAGUGAAAGCUCCUGCCUUAGAACGUCUCAGAUACACUUACCUAUCCCUGUCUUUAAACUCUCCAGAGGAGAUUCAUUAUCUUCUUAAGUGAAUACCUUCAUUCCUAAUUCAUAUUUGGAGGAAAUGUUAUGAAAAAUGACUUUUGGUAUUUUUUGUCAUAAAUUUUUUUUUCCAGAAGUUAGGGCAAUUUGAAAGUGUUUGUUGUUGGAAGGGUAGCUACAAAAUCAGUGACUGACAUUACUGUAAGAUAUUACCUUUUUGCUAGAUAUUUACCUUGUUGCUCUUCAGUGACAAACUACUACUGAAGGACUAUUAUAGUUUUUGGCAAUAUGUUUGAAUUCUAAGAGGAAAUGUCUUCUCAAAUUGUGUAUCACAGAAAUAAAGUCACAUGUAUAAUUUCCUUCUCUGUAAUUAUUGAGGCCUAGUUUAUUAAAUAGGUUAUAAGUAAUAAGAAUUGUUUUCUUGAUGAGAGGAUUAUAGAAAUUGGUAAGUGAAAUGGAAAUAUUCAUUUAUGAAAUGGAAGGGAAAGCUAAGUGAGGUUGACUUCUAUUAAACUGCCCUGGAGAUAAUAAAUGAAGCCUGUAGGCUACUUUCCCUUU